GACUGAGGCCCGGGCCCCCUCCCGCUCAGCUACCUGGAGCCGCGGCCCCGGCUUCGAGACUUUAUAUAGGGACCUCGGGCUAGGGGCCCCUCCGGCUGCCCCACCCAAAGGCCUUCUUUCUUUGUCUCUGGGAUUUGUUCCCGCCCUUCUGCCCCAUCACCGCCUUCAUCCGAAUUAUCCAAUCAGAGUCAGGGGUCCCGGUCAUGGGGCGGAAGCCUUAAUUGUGACGUCAUAGUCCUCCAACCUCAGCGCGAGCUCGGACAGCUGGGCUGGGGGGCUUGAUAGCUCGGGGUUUGGGGGGCAGCACCGUCAGUGCCAUUGCUUGAAUCUGCCUGCCAGGGUUUCAUUGGACUCUUCAUCCGUGGCUUUAAAAUUUAAGGGUUUGGCUAGAUUGAAGUUCAAGUGGGCUUGUUUAGGAAUAUCACGAGCCCCUUCCCUGCCCCCCCCCCCAGUCGACGCGCUUUGCCUCUCACGAGAAGUGCGCUACACAGUGGAGGGACUGCGACAGCGUCGCAAAAUAUAUCCGGUCUCGGUGCGAGGGCAGAGGUUUUUAUUUAUGAAGCUACCGGUUCCCUUCUCUGGAUGCUCCAGACGCCGCUCUUACGGCGUCGAAGGGUGUAGCGCGAAGGGAAGACACCUCCUCCUGUUGCCGUAAAGCGAAAACUUCAAGGCGUCGCCUGCCUCGGCGGGGGCGGGGUCGUUGGGGCCGCUGUCGCAAAGCUGAAGGUGGGGGGCCAGCACCCCCUGCGUCGUAAAGAUGCCUAAGGCGGUCGUUUCUUCUACUGUCGCAAAAGCUCGCUGCCCAAGUCUGCACCCCACUCCGAGCCACUCCGUCACCCGGCCGUGCCGUAAAGCAAGCCUGCCCGACCCCGUCGUCCUUCUGUUCCCACCGCGGUGGUCAUUAGUUCCCCAGCCCGGGAUGCUUCGUUGCCCGGCAGUGCCGUAAAGCAUACCUGGCCCCAGCCCCGAGCCCUAUUCCCUCCGGGUGUGUGUGUGCACCGCGGUUGCCACGGUGCCGCCAAGCGCGGCUGUCGCGCGGCCCGGGUGUCAGCGGCGAUGGCGGCGGGGUCGGGUGGGAGCGGGGGCUCUGGGGGAGGCCCCGGGCCGGGGCCGGGUGGGGGUGGGGGCCCCGGCGGGAGCGGCCCAGGGCCGGGGUCCGGCGGGGGUCUGGGCAGCGGCGGGGAGCUGCACCCGCGCACCGGGCGCUUGGUGAGCCUGUCGGCCUGUGGGCGUACGGCGCGGCGGCAGCAGCCGGGCCAGGAGUUUAACCACGGGCUGGUGUUGAGCCGGGAGCCUUUGCGCGACGGCCGCGUCUUCACCGUCCGCAUCGACCGCAAGGUCAACUCCUGGAGUGGCUCCAUUGAGAUUGGGGUGACGGCACUGGACCCCAGUGUGCUAGACUUCCCAAGCAGCGCCACGGGGCUGAAGGGGGGCUCAUGGGUGGUGUCGGGCUGCUCAGUGCUGAGGGACGGACGUUCUGUGCUGGAGGAGUAUGGUCAGGACCUGGACCAGCUCGGUGAAGGGGACCGUGUGGGCGUGGAGCGCACAGUUGCCGGGGAGCUGCGGCUCUGGGUGAACGGGCGGGACUGCGGGGUGGCCGCCACGGGCCUCCCCGCGCGUGUCUGGGCCGUUGUGGACCUUUACGGCAAGUGCACGCAGAUCACCGUGCUACCCCCUGAGCCAGGUUUCAGCCCCCCUGCUCCCAUCCCUACACCCCCCCUCGAGCCCUCCGCGCCCCCUGAAGAUUCUGCCUUGACUGAACAGGGGACCCCGGGGGACGAAGCCUUCAUGGUGUCCCCAGCGCAGGCCCGGCCGGAGACGUUUCCUAACAGCCUUGAGUCGCAUAAUGAUUUUGCCAGCAUGGAGCUCUCGGAGGUGGUGGGCAACGCCAUCCUGUCUGCCUACAACGGGGGGCUCCUAAAUGUGAACCUGAGCUCCCCCCCGGCCGGGGAAGGACCGGGGCCCAGCGGCGCUGCCACCUCGCCUGUCCUCACUUCCAACGACGCCCUGCUCUUUCACGAGAAGUGCGGAACCCUCAUCAAACUCAGCAACAAUAACAAGACAGCCGAGCGCCGCCGGCCCCUGGAUGAGUUCAACAACGGCGUGGUCAUGACCAACCGUCCGCUCCGGGACAACGAGAUGUUUGAGAUCCGCAUCGACAAGCUCGUGGAUAAGUGGUCUGGCUCCAUUGAGAUCGGUGUCACCACCCACAACCCCAACAGCCUGGAGUACCCAGCCACCAUGACCAACUUGCAGUCAGGCACCAUCAUGAUGAGUGGCUGUGGGAUCCUGACCAACGGCAAGGGCACCCGCCGGGAGUACUGUGAGUUCAGUCUGGAUGAGCUACAGGAGGGCGACCACAUCGGUCUCACGAGGAAGUCCAACUCUGCCCUGCAUUUCUUCAUUAACGGCAUCGAUCAGGGCGUGGCCACCCCGCUGACGCCCCCGGUGGUGUAUGGAGUGGUGGACUUGUACGGGAUGGCGGUGAAGGUGACCAUCGUCCAUAAUAACAACCACAGCGACCGUCUGCGCCGCAACAAUGCCAUCCUGCGGGCCCUGUCUCCCGAGGGCGCCCUCCGCCGCGCCGCCCCCGCCGCUCAGGCCGAGCCCGAGCGCCUGCUCUUCCACCCGAACUGCGGGCAGAAGGCGGCUAUCACCCACGAGGGACGCACCGCCUUGAGGCCCCAUGCCACCGAUGACUUCAAUCACGGCGUGGUGCUGAGCAGCAGAGCCCUGCGGGACGGAGAGGUGUUCCAGGUGCGCAUCGACAAGAUGGUGGACAAGUGGGCUGGCUCCAUCGAGAUCGGUGUCACCACCCACAACCCUGCCUACCUCCAGUUGCCUUCCACCAUGACCAACCUGCGCUCGGGGACCUGGAUGAUGACCGGCAACGGGGUGAUGCACAACGGGACGACCAUCCUGGACGAGUACGGGCACAACCUGGACCGCCUCAAGGCAGGGGACACGGUGGGCGUGGUGCGGCGGGAGGACGGGACCCUGCACUUCUUUGUCAACGGGAUGACUCAGGGCCCCGCGGCCUGGAACGUGCCCCCGGGUGUCUACGCAGUCGUGGACCUCUACGGCCAGGCGGCCCAGGCCACCAUCGUGGACGACGCGGAGGUGCCCCCAGUCCCCGAGCCACUCCCCGAAGGGAACAACCAGGUGUCCCCGAGCUCCCCGUCAUCGGGGGCCGGGGGCUCCGACCUGCGUUUCCACCAGCUACACGGCAGUAACGCAGUGAUCACCAACGGGGGCCGCACCGCGCUCCGCCAUAACUGCCGCAGCGAGUUCAACGACGCCAUCGUCAUCUCCAAUCGGGCCCUGCGCGACGGGGAGCUGUUUGAAAUCGUCAUUCAGAAGAUGGUGGACCGCUGGUCAGGCUCCAUCGAGGCCGGAGUGACCGCUAUUCGGCCAGAAGACCUUGAGUUCCCCAACACCAUGACGGAUAUCGACUAUGACACGUGGAUGCUGAGUGGCACGGCCAUCAUGCAAGACGGAAACACGAUGCGCAACAACUACGGGUGCGACCUCGAUGCGCUGGGCACAGGCGCGCGCAUCGGCAUGAUGCGCACGGCCAAGGGCGACCUGCACUACUUCAUCAACGGCCAGGACCAAGGCGCCGCCUGCUCAGGCUUGCCUCCGGGUAAAGAAGUGUACGCGGUCGUGGAUCUCUACGGCCAGUGUGUCCAGGUGUCCAUCACCAACGCCACCGGCCCCAUGGACAACAGCCUGGCGACCAGCAACACGGCCACUGAGAAGUCCUUCCCCCUGCACUCCCCAGUGGCUGGCGUGGCUCACCGCUUUCACAGCACGUGUGGCAAGAACGUCACUCUGGAGGAGGACGGCACGAGGGCGGUACGCGCGGCCGGCUACGCUCACGGCCUGGUCUUCAGCACCAAGGAGCUCAAGACGGAGGAGGUGUUCGAGGUCAAAGUGGACGAGCUGGACGAGAAGUGGGCGGGCUCCCUGCGCCUGGGACUGACCACACUGGUGCCCGGGGACAUGGGGGCCGGCACGGGCGGGGGCCCGGCGCUGCCGCCCUCCCUGCCGGAGCUCCGGACCAAGACCACCUGGAUGGUGUCCAGCUGCGAAGUGAGGCGCGACGGCCAGCUCCAGAGGAUGAACUACGGCCGGAACCUGGAGAGGCUGGGGGUGGGCAGCCGCGUGGGCAUCCGCCGGGGGGCGGACGACACGAUGCACAUCUUGGUAGACGGAGAGGACAUGGGGCCUGCGGCCACCGGCGUUGCCAAGAACGUGUGGGCCGUGCUGGACCUGUACGGGCCCGUACGGAGCGUGUCUGUGGUCAGCUCCACGAGGCUGGAGGAGUCGGAAGGCACCCAGCCUCCCUCCCCCAGCUCGGACACCGGCAGCGAGGGCGAGGGCGAGGGCGAGGGCGAGGGCGAGGAAGAUGAUGACGGGGAGGAGCACAGCCCGAGGGGCCAGAAUCAAGUGGCCAUUAUGCCCACAGCCCUCGAGUUCCUGGAGAACCACGGGAAGAACAUCCUCUUGUCCAACGGGAACCGCACCGCCACGCGGGUGGCCAGCUACAACCAGGGCAUCGUUGUCAUCAACCAGCCCCUGGUGCCCCAGCUGCUGGUCCAGGUGCGGAUAGACUUCCUGAACCGGCAGUGGACGUCCUCCCUGGUCCUGGGCGUCAUCACCUGCCCGCCCGAGAGGCUCAACUUCCCCGCUUCUGCCUGUGCCCUCAAGCGGGCAGCCUGGCUGCUGCGGGGCCGUGGCAUCUUCCACAACGGUCUCAAGAUCUGUGAGAAGUUUGGGCCGAACCUGGACACGUGUCCUGAAGGCACCGUCCUGGGACUGCGGCUGGACGGCUCUGGGGGGCUGCACCUGCACGUCAAUGGGCUGGACCAGGGGGUGGCCGUACCGGACGUGCCCCAGCCCUGCCACGCGGUGGUGGACCUCUACGGCCAGUGCGAGCAGGUGACCAUCGUGAGUCCUGAACCAGGGGCUGCCAGUGGCAAGAGUGCGGGAACCCAAGGGGACAUGGAGAAGGCGGACAUGGUAGACGGUAUGAAGGAGAGCGUGUGCUGGGGGCCGCUGCCUGCCGCCAGCCCUCUCAAGAGCUGCGAGUAUCACGCCCUGUGCUCCCGCUUCCAAGAACUGCUGUUGCUUCCCGAGGAUUACUUUAUGCCUCCGCCCAAGCGAAGCCUGUGCUACUGUGAGUCUUGCCGGAAGCUUCGAGGGGACGAGGCCCACAGGCGCCGGGGAGAGCCCCCUCGGGAGUAUGCCCUGCCCUUCGGCUGGUGCAGGUUCAACCUCAGGGUGAAUCCCCGUCUGGAAGCUGGGACGCUAACCAAGAAGUGGCACAUGGCCUAUCACGGGAGCCACGUGGCAGCGGUGCGGAGGGUGCUGGACCGAGGGGAGCUGGGAGCAGGCGCUGCCUCUAUCCUGAGCUGCCGGCCGCUGAAGGGCGAGCCCGGGGUGGGGUUUGAGGAGCCCGGCGAGAACUGCGCCCCUCCCCGGGAGGAGCAGCCCCCUCCGGUGCUGCUCUCCCCGUCCCUGCAGUACGCUGGGGCCGAGACCCUGGCAUCCAAAGUGCAAUUCCGGGACCCCAAAUCCCAGCGGACACACCAGGCCCAGGUGGCGUUCCAGGUGUGCGUGCGCCCCGGCUCCUACACCCCCGGGCCCCCCUCGGCCGCCCUCAGAGAACCUCCGGACCCUCACUUUAGCCCAGCCGAACUCGAGUGGGUGACCAAGGAGAAGGGGGCCACGCUCCUCUAUGCCCUGCUGGUGCGGGUGGAAUGAGGGGCGGCCUGGCGAUGACAAGCACAGCGGGGCCCUGGGCCCGGGACUCCCAAGUGACGACCGACGACGAUCGCCCCGGCACGCGCGGGGCCCGGACAGGCAGGGGGCCCUGGAGCAGGCCCUGGAGUCCUGCCUCCCGCGCCCGCGGCAGCAGAGCCAUCCCCGACCGCGCGGCGGGCGAGCGGGAGCCGGGCCCGACAGCCCCCCUUUCAUGCACUGACUUGGGGAGCACGACUCCCCGGACUCCCUCCCCCGUACCACUUAAUUUAUUUCCGUUUUCGUUCCUGUUACUGUGAAUCCCGAGCAGCCCGGAUCCCCCUCCGGGCCGCCGCUUCCCGGGCCUCCGGGCGGUGGGAGGGCGCUCGCGGGGAAGGCGGGCCUCUGUACAGUUGUUACGGACGCGGGUUUCCAAGCAGCCAAUAAACGCCGUCCCGGAG